AACGCAUCCUUUCCUGUCAUAUGUCUCUCUUUUUCUCUGUAAAGACAAAAAGCGCGGAUCUAUCUCAUCCCCUCUCUCCACCUACAAACAACGGCUUCACACCCUUCACUCCCUCCCUUUCUCUUUCAUCAAAUUUCUUUCUUUUCACUUAGAAACUCAGCUUUCCCCCCUCCCAGAUCUAUCCCAUCUAACCACUCCUCUCCCAAACAAAUAAUUGAAGAAUUCCGUUGGACAGAAACUUAACCCUCAAAAAGAGAAGAGGAAAAAAAAAAUAAUGCCUUCGGUUUGUUCAGAUCCGAUCCGCAGAAUCCACCCGGAGUCUAUCGAUCACUUCGACCGCCUUCCGGAGUCUCUUCUCCUUUUAAUCUUCAACAACAUCGGUGACGUCAAAGCUCUCGGCCGAUGUUGCGUUGUUUCCCGUCGUUUCCAUUCUCUCGUCCGGCAAGUAGAGAAUGUUGUUGUUCGUGUCGAUUGCGUCAUCUCCGACGAUGAUUGUUCACCCUCUUCCUCUUCUUCCGACAAGUCACGUGCUGCCGGUGCCUUUUACAACCUCUUCCGUCUCGUUUUUGGAGGCAUUGUCAAACCCUUCCAAGCUUUGGGCCAAUUCCUCUGCCCAAAACGGUCCACUCUCAACGAAACCCUUAACACCCCUUCAUCCUCUUCCUUAUCCGUCGGUCCUGGUUGUGAUGAUGAUCGGGAAAUGGACCAAGGUGGGGUCACUCAUCAUUCCCCGACGCAGGUACUUAGAAAUUUCAACGAGAUUCGUUUCCUCCGAAUCGAAUUACCCAGCGGCGAGUUAGGGAUCGAUGACGGAGUUCUGUUGAAAUGGAGAGCCGAUUUUGGAUCAACCCUUGAUAACUGCGUCAUCCUCGGAGCUGCCUCCGUCAUUAACAACGAGCAUUUGCAAGUAUCUGAGCUUGGGAACGAUGGAUUUUGCAUCAACAAUAACAUCAACAACGGUUCAAAUGUUGUCAGCGGCGAUGAUAAUGGGAGUAUUCCAGAGUCAUUUUAUACCAACGGUGGCUUGAAAUUAAGGGUUGUUUGGACGAUUAGCUCGUUAAUCGCAGCAUCAGCAAGGCAUUAUUUGCUUCAACCGAUAAUUGCGGGGCAUAAGACGCUGGAUAGCUUGGUUUUAACCGAUGCGGAUGGACAAGGGGUGCUUUGUAUGAGCAGGGAUCAGCUUGAGGAGUUGAGAGUGAAGCCGUUAUCAGCUUCUUCUGCUUCGAAAAGGACGCUGGUGCCUGCGUUGAAUAUGAGGCUUUGGUAUGCUCCUCAUUUGGAAUUGCCUGAUGGGGUUGUUUUAAAAGGUGCUACUUUGGUUGCGAUUAGGCCUAGUGAACAAUCUGCUUCAAAAACAGAGGUCUCGGAUGCUUCUUGGUUAUCAACUGCUUUUGAAGAGCCUUAUGGGACUGCAGCUAAGAUGCUGGUUAAGAGAAAGACUUACUGCUUGGAGAUGAACUCGUUUUGAUGCCCGCGUCCUGAUCUGCAAUGGGGAAGCGGCCGAGCACAAUGGUCAAGGGGAAGAAGUGAUAGCAUGCUUUUGGAAAGAUGAUGAUCAGACAACAAUUUUGUUACGUGUUUUAGUUUAACCUUGGAGCAGUGUCCUAAUGAAAGCUAAACCUUGCUUUGGACCGCCAGUGUAAGCAAUCGAUGCAUGUUGAUAAUGCACUGCAAGCGUUUCAGCUUUUGUGCUUCAACUGAUUGCCAAAAUGCAUCUGCUGGUUGUUUUUGUAUUAGGCAUAUGCUUGUAAGAGUGCACGCCUGCAACUAGAUUGAUGUUGUAAGAGCUUUGAGUUUGUAGUUCUUCACUUUUUUUUUAAUCUAUAAUCCCUCUAUAUGUGAAUAUUGUAGGUUUGAAGAUAUCAAGCUUUAUGUUAUAUACUUGUGAAGUGCAUCAAGAAUUGUAGUUGGCACAUAGCUUUUAAUGUUUCUUCUAUAAAUUUACGGUAGUCUUGUCAAAGUUCCAUUGAUACUUUAUAGUCUCAUCUUUGCAAAUUCUUUGGAGUAUUUGAUUAACCAAGAUUUAUGGAUGCAUGGUAGAGGUUGGAACUCAAUGUAGUUGAUGGGUUUAUUAUUGCAUUAGUUCUGACACAAAUCCAGCAAUGAUAAAACAAUGGGUGCCACUCUGAACAACUGUGUUAGAUGAUAAAAUGUAUCUGUUGUAUUAUGGUUGAACUGGAUUCGAUGUUUUGUGUUUUGUUUAGAUCACUCUGUGAUUGGAGUGAUCAACUAUGCAAAAUCAGUGUGGGAGAUAUAAAAUGUUAUCAACCAUGCAAAAUCAUCCUUGGUCAAGCUUAAACCCAUUUAUUAAAUUGCUAGAACCGUUGUUUAUCCCAAAAAGCAAAGGCCAUUUAUCAUGAAUUCCUUCAAAGCAGAUUCUAAGUGCACCAAGUCCUACCUUUCCUAGCACAAAUGAAGAACUACUUUUCCUCUGAAUCAGAUU